GCAUGUGUGGGUCGCCCGGAAAGUGCCGCAGUGGCUGCCGGGAGAGGGAGGAAGUCCGGAAGUAAACAUUGGCGAUCGUCUUCAUUCCUGUCGAGCUGUGCUACGGUCUGCAGCGGUGGGACCGGGAGGUUAGAUAACCAUGUCAGCUGCAGCUGUGGAUGCAGCUAAUGCAGCCCCCUUGUCGGGAUCCAAAGAAAUGAGUUUGGAGGAACCAAAGAAGAUGACUAGAGAGGACUGGAGAAAGAAGAAGGAGCUAGAAGAACAGCGAAAAUUGGGUAAUGCCCCUGCAGAAGUUGAUGAAGAAGGAAAAGACAUCAAUCCUCAUAUUCCUCAGUAUAUUUCUUCAGUGCCAUGGUAUAUUGACCCAUCAAAAAGGCCUACUUUAAAGCACCAGAGACCACAGCCAGAGAAACAAAAGCAGUACAGCUCAUCAGGAGAAUGGUACAAGAGGGGUGUAAAAGAGAAUUCCAUAACCACUAAAUACCGAAAAGGAGCGUGUGAAAACUGUGGAGCCAUGACACACAAAAAGAAAGACUGUUUUGAGAGACCUAGGCGAGUUGGAGCAAAAUUUACGGGGACUAAUAUAGCUCCAGAUGAACAUGUCCAGCCUCAGCUGAUGUUUGACUACGAUGGGAAGAGGGAUCGGUGGAAUGGCUACAAUCCAGAAGAACACAUGAAAAUUGUAGAAGAGUAUGCCAAAGUUGACCUGGCAAAACGAACACUGAAAGCCCAAAAACUCCAAGAAGAAUUAGCCUCAGGAAAAUUAGUGGAACAGGCUAAUUCUCCAAAGCAUCAGUGGGGAGAAGAGGAACCAAAUUCUCAGACGGAAAAAGAUCAUAACAGUGAAGAUGAGGAUGAAGAUAAAUAUGCAGAUGAUAUUGACAUGCCUGGACAGAAUUUUGACUCUAAGAGACGAAUUACUGUCCGGAAUCUCAGGAUUCGAGAAGAUAUUGCAAAAUAUUUGCGGAAUUUAGAUCCAAAUUCUGCUUACUAUGACCCCAAAACUAGAGCAAUGAGAGAGAAUCCGUAUGCGAAUGCUGGAAAGAAUCCAGAUGAAGUCAGCUACGCAGGGGAUAACUUCGUUAGAUACACAGGUGAUACCAUAUCAAUGGCCCAGACACAAUUGUUUGCUUGGGAAGCCUAUGACAAAGGGUCUGAAGUGCAUCUACAGGCAGAUCCUACAAAACUAGAGCUAUUGUAUAAGUCCUUCAAAGUCAAGAAAGAAGACUUCAAAGAACAGCAGAAAGAAAGCAUCCUGGAAAAGUACGGUGGUCAAGAACACUUGGAUGCUCCUCCAGCAGAAUUGCUUUUAGCUCAGACUGAAGACUAUGUGGAGUACUCAAGACAUGGGACAGUCAUCAAAGGACAGGAGCGGGCUGUUGCCUGCUCCAAGUACGAGGAAGAUGUGAAGAUCAACAAUCACACACAUAUCUGGGGAUCUUACUGGAAAGAAGGCCGAUGGGGAUACAAAUGCUGUCACUCUUUUUUCAAGUAUUCCUAUUGUACUGGAGAAGCUGGGAAGGAGAUUGCUAAUUCAGAGGAAUGUAUUAUAAAUGAUUCAACUGGAGAAGAAUCUGUGAAAAAACCUCAAACCCUCAUGGAGAUGCAUCAGGAAAAACUAAAAGAGGAGAAAAAGAAAAAGAAGAAGAAGAAGAGGAAGCAUCGAAAGAGCAGUUCAGAGAGUGAUGAUGAAGAAAAGAAACAUGAAAAAUUGAAAAAGGCACUGAAUGCAGAGGAGGCCCGUCUUCUUCACGUCAAGGAGAUCAUGCAGAUUGAUGAGAGGAAGCGACCUUACAACAGCAUAUAUGAAACUCGGGAACCCACUGAAGAGGAAAUGGAGGCCUACAGAAUGAAACGUCAGAGGCCAGAUGACCCCAUGGCCUCCUUCCUCGGACAGUAGUAACUCGUCACUGACGCUGACACAAGAUAGACUCUGCUUAUACAUUCUUUUAGAUUCUCACUGUUGAUUAUUGAUGGAAAAAUCUGUAUCUAUUCUCAUUAAAGUCAGGAAGCAAGGAGACUGCCCGACUUUAAUAAAGUAUCCAGAAGUCUCAUAGUAAAUUCAUUCCUUUACACGGUGAAGAACAAAGAAGAAAUAAAGUGGUUCAUUAAGUGCAGAUUAAGAUUUUAUUUCCGAUUUUAUAUUAGUGAUUGGGAAAAGAUCUUAGUUCUCCACCUAUCAUGAAUAUCUUCUCAACAUUUAUUUAUUGUUUCAAACUUUAUUUCCUCAAUUUUUAUGGCCCUUUAUCUAGUGUUAGGACUCAUUGUGAAGGCAGUUAAUUACUCUUUCUUGAAACAAGGGCUUCAUUUUUUUUAAAUUAAUAGUAACUAUAACUGUAGUCAUUUAAUAAUCAUUUCUUUUUGCCUUCUCAGAUUUUUCUGAUCUGAAACUGAUAACCUACCUUGAGCUUUGGGUUACUGGAAGGAAAUCUGUAGAACGUGUGAAUAACUAUCCCUGAUGUCAGUCUGUGUAGUAACAAUUCUGUUUCCCCCUUGGUUAUAAAAUUUUGAUUUUCAAAACAUUUCCUUGUAUCUUAUACUCAGAACUAAUUGUGUUAGCCUUUGAAUGGGGAAAAAAGUUUUUCACCCUGAGUCAGUGUUGACUGAUAAGUCCUAGGUCUUACCAGGCUGGACAGGAGUAUUCAGACACUGAAAUCCUCUCCUUUGUCACAGAGAAUAUGGUUUGUGAUACUAAUUGCUAUUUUAAUUGUGAUUGCCUUUAUAUAACAGUCAUGAAUAUUAGAUUUUUUAAAGAUUGUAGAGUAUCUGUUGUACCUAAUCUUUAUAGCCAGCAGGUGUGUCUCAGUAAAAUUUGCAAAAAGUGAAACCUGAAGUUGAAUGUUUCUUCAGAAUAUUACAAGUAUAGCCUGUAGGGCUAUUAGUAUUUGAGAAUGACAUGAUUUUUAAGCUGCUUCUAAUAACAUUGGGAAGAUAGUGCUGACAGAGUGGGAUGGGUGAAAACAGCCUGUUUAAAACCCCUGACAUGAGUACAUUGACUUUUAACAGUUCACUGGCUUUUCUGAACUACCAAAACCCACUAGAAUAUUGCGUUAAGUUAACAUCUCAGAAAUACUGCUGAUGGGAAAGUAACUAAAUCAAAUUGUCAAGUACUGUGGAUAUACAUUGCAUCUAAAUUCAGGCCAGUAUGAAACAGUGAUGCAAACAGACCUAAUUCUUACCUACUUUAAGAAUGUCAAAAAUUUUUGUUUUCAUAUUCCUACCUUAACAUAGGAUGGUUCAACAUAAAAUCUGAUAUUAGUGUCUACUUUGUAUUUUAUUUAUCUUUUGUUAAUAAAGAUAUGUAAUUGGAAAUAUUUAA